GCCAAAACACAAAUAAAUUAUGGCUAUUCAGCACCGAAAAACUUGUUGCUGUUUGCCAGUUUGAAGUAUACAAGAAAAUAGAAAUAGCUUGAAGCAGAUGACAAGUGUUUGACAAAAAGAUCAACGUCUGGUUUGAUAGGGUUCAGAUCGAACAAAUCAAUCUUUAGGGUUUUAAUUUGAAGAUCAACAAUGGCGACGAGGUCGAGCUCUGGAUUGGCGUAUCCCGAGAGAUUUUACGCAGCGGCUGCAUAUGCUGGCUUCGGAACAUCAGACGUUUCUUCUUCCAAAGCUGCUAUAUCCCGCUUCAAAAAUGAGAUCGCAUUACUUCUUUACGGACUUUACCAGCAAGCAACUGUGGGACCUUGUAAUAUCUCUAAACCUCGUAGCUGGAACCCAAUUGAGCAUAGCAAAUGGACAAGCUGGAAUGGGCUUCGGAAUAUGGCUUCCACAGAAGCGAUGAGGCUUUUUGUUAAAAUAUUGGAGGAAGAAGACCCUGCAUGGUAUUCAAAGGUGCCCGAUCCCAAACCCGAGCCAAUGGUGGAAAUAGAAAACCCACCUCAAGAAUCAGAUUCACAUCUUGACAAUUCUGUUUCUGUUCUCAAGGAAACUGCAAUUGAGAAUGGAAGUAUCUUAGAGACACAAGAUAAGGAUGUUGUGCUGGAAGGUUUGGGAGCAAUUGGUGUUUAUGACCAGUGGAUUGCACCAUCUGUCUCUGGGCGGCGACCAAAAGCACGUUAUGAGCAUGCGGCAGCUGUACUGCAAGAUAAAAUGUAUGUCUUUGGUGGGAAUCAUAAUGGACGCUACUUAAAUGAUAUUCAGGUCCUUGAUCUAAAAUCUUUGAUUUGGUCCAAGAUAGAGGCAAAAAUGGCAUCAGACUCUUCUCAAGCACUGUUAUCUCCUUGUGCUGGGCAUUCUCUGAUCCGAUGGGGCAAUAAGCUGCUAGCUGUAGCUGGACAUACCAAAGAUCCAUCUGAUACAGUAACAGUUGAAUGCUUUGACACAGAGACCUCUACAUGGUCUGUAUUAAAGUCUUAUGGAAAGGCUCCGAUUGCACGUGGAGGUCAAUCUGUGACUCUUGUUGGGUCCAAUUUAGUUAUGUUUGGUGGCGAGGACUCUAAGAGGAGUCUCUUGAAUGAUUUGAAUAUUUUGGACUUGGAAACAAUGACAUGGGAUGCUAUAGAAGCUGUUGGUACUCCUCCAUCGCCAAGGUCUGAUCACACUGCUGCUGUUCAUGCUGAUAAAUAUCUUCUGAUUUUUGGUGGUGGUUCUCAUUCUUCAUGUUUCAAUGAUCUUCAUGUCCUUGACUUGCAGACUAUGGAAUGGUCACAGCCAAAAAUGCAAGGUAGUUUACCUACCCCACGAGCUGGUCAUGCAGGUGUCACAAUUGGUGAAAAUUGGUACAUUGUGGGUGGAGGUGAUAACAAGAGUGGUGUAUCUGAUACUGUGGUCCUAAAUAUGUCAAUGCUUGUUUGGUCUGUGGUAACAACUGUACAAGGAAGAGUUCCACUUGCCAGUGAGGGACUGAGUCUUGAGGUCACCACCUACAAUGGUGAAGAAAUUCUUGUUGCCUUUGGUGGAUACAAUGGAAGGUACAGCAACGAGUUGUACGUUUUGAAGCCAAGCCAUAAGGGCAUUAUAGAACCAAAAAUUCUCGAAUCACCUGCAACUGCCAGUGUUGAUCCUAUACUGCCUAUAUCAAAUGGGGUCAGGGACAUAGAAGCUGAAGAUCUGACACGUAAUGGUAAAGUUCGAGAGAUUGUCAUGGACAAUCCAGAAUCCGAGCCUCAGCAUCAAAUAAGUAUUGACACAAAAGAAAGGAUUAUAGUAACAUUGAAAGCAGAGAAAGACAAUCUGGAGGCAGCACUCACAACAGAGCAUUCACUAAAUUCCAAACUCAAGCAAGAGCUAUCUGAAGCACAAGCUGCAUAUGCAGAACUAACUGAGGAACUGCGGUCUGCACGCAAACAACUAGCUGCUGAACAGUCAAGGAGUUUCAGACUAGAGGUAGAAAUUGCUGAGAUACGUCAAAAAUUGCACUCAAUGGAAAGCUUGCAGCAGGAGGUAGAUUUGCUUCGGCGCCAAAAGGCUGCUUCUGAACAAGCUGCAGCACAUGCUCAGCAAAAACAAAGCUCAAUAUGGGGUUGGAUUGCAGGGACUCCACCCGAUCCAAAGACUGUAGAUGACUAAUAUAUCCUGGAGUUGUUGAUUCCUCUACCAGUUAAAUAAUUUUUUCCCAUUCUUUUAUUAGUGUUCACUGUUUAUCUGUUUCUUUUAGGAAUUUUGAGCCCACCAAUAUGGGAUAUAUAUAGAGAGAAGAAUCUUAAUGAUUUGUACAUUUUACCUCGUCCAUUUUGCAAUUAAAUAUACAAUUCUAUUCUUUCAAGUCCUGAACAACAGCAUUUUAUUGGUUGAUAUAAGAGUUUUGUCUACAUAUCCAGAUUUCACCCGAGUGUGGGUUUAAAAAUGAUCAUAUGGUCAAGACAUUAUUUUUGGAUGUGAUUCCUAUGUUAAAUGUCUUCCAUGAGGACCACUAUUAGAUUGAUGUACUUACUCAAUUCCUUAAUUCUUAAUAAUGAUUUCUAGCGCCAGCUGAUUAGCUGAGUUAACGAUUU